CAAUGCAGACAUCGGAGACGGGGGCGGAUACAGGUUCGACUGUGACUUUACAGACGUCUGUGGCUGGCCAGGCAGCAGUGCCCACACAGGUAGUUCAGCAAGUACCAGUUCAGCAACAGGUACAGCAAGUGCAGCCUGUGCAACAGGUACAGCAUGUCUACCCAGCGCAGGUUCAGUAUGUGGAGGGAAGUGACACAGUCUACACUAAUGGAGCUAUCCGAUCAACAACUUAUCCUUACACAGAAACCCAGAUGUACAGCCAAAACACUGGGGGAAAUUAUUUCGAUACUCAAGGAAGUUCUGCACAGGUGACAACAGUGGUCUCGUCUCAUAGCAUGGUGGGCACUGGAGGGAUUCAAAUGGGUGUCACAGGAGGACAACUCAUUAGCAGCUCAGGAGGGACGUAUCUGAUUGGCAAUUCAAUGGAAAAUUCUGGUCAUUCAGUGACUCAUACGACACGGGCCUCCCCAGCGACAAUUGAAAUGGCGAUUGAGACACUGCAAAAGUCUGAUGGUCUGUCCACUCACAGAAGCUCUCUUCUCAACAGCCAUCUUCAGUGGCUUUUAGACAACUAUGAAACUGCAGAAGGAGUGAGCCUUCCAAGAAGUACACUUUACAACCAUUACUUACGACAUUGUCAGGAACACAAAUUGGAUCCAGUAAAUGCUGCCUCCUUUGGAAAACUCAUACGGUCAAUCUUCAUGGGAUUACGUACCAGAAGACUUGGAACUAGGGGGAACUCCAAAUAUCAUUAUUAUGGGAUUCGCGUCAAGCCAGACUCUCCUCUUAAUCGACUACAAGAGGACAUGCAAUAUAUGGCUAUGAGACAACAGCCCAUGCAGCAGAAACAGAGGUAUAAGCCUAUGCAGAAAGUGGAUGGAGUUGCAGAUGGCUUCACAGGAAGUGGUCAACAGACAGGGACAUCUGUAGAACAAACUGUAAUUGCCCAAAGUCAACAUCAUCAACAGUUUUUAGAUGCAUCUAGAGUACUUCCAGAAUUUGGAGAAGUUGAAAUAUCUUCUCUCCCAGAUGGUACUACCUUUGAGGACAUCAAAUCAUUGCAGAGUCUUUAUCGAGAGCACUGUGAGGCAAUACUGGAUGUGGUUGUGAAUCUUCAGUUCAGCCUGAUAGAAAAAUUGUGGCAAACUUUCUGGCGCUAUUCUCCCUCUGCUCCACCUGAUGGCACUAUUACUGAAACAAGCAAUCUGAGCGAAAUAGAAAGUCGACUUCCAAAAGCAAAGUUGAUUACUCUGUGCAAGAAUGAAUCUAUUCUGAAGUGGAUGUGUAACUGUGACCAUGUGAUGUACCAGGCUUUGGUGGAGAUUCUCAUUCCUGACGUCCUUAGACCUAUUCCUAGUGCCUUGACCCAAGCCAUUCGCAAUUUUGCAAAAAGCCUUGAAGGUUGGCUUUCAAAUGCCAUGAACAAUAUUCCACAGAGGAUGAUACAAACCAAGGUUGCCGCUGUAAGUGCCUUUGCCCAGACUCUGCGAAGAUACACAUCUCUUAAUCACCUGGCUCAAGCAGCCCGUGCUGUGCUUCAAAAUACUUCUCAAAUCAAUCAGAUGCUCAAUGAUCUUAACCGUGUUGAUUUUGCCAAUGUUCAGGAGCAGGCUUCCUGGGUAUGCCAGUGUGAUGACAACAUGGUUCAGAGACUAGAAACAGAUUUCAAGAUGACUCUUCAACAGCAGAGCACUCUGGAGCAGUGGGCUGCCUGGCUUGAUAAUGUAAUGAUGCAAGCGUUGAAACCAUAUGAAGGAAGACCUAGCUUUCCUAAAGCAGCACGGCAGUUUCUGUUGAAAUGGUCUUUCUAUAGCUCAAUGGUGAUUCGAGAUUUAACCUUGCGCAGUGCUGCUAGCUUUGGCUCUUUUCAUCUGAUCCGCUUGCUUUACGAUGAAUACAUGUUUUACUUAGUAGAACACCGUGUUGCUCAGGCAACCGGAGAGACACCUAUUGCAGUUAUGGGAGAGUUUGGUGAUAUAAAUGCUGUGUCCCCUGGAAAUAUGGAUAAAGAUGAGGGCAGUGAAGUUGAAAGUGAAAUAGAUGAAGAGCUGGAUGAAAAUGGAGAGCCACAAGCCAAGAGGGAGAAAACAGAGCUAAACCAAGCGUUCCAGGUGGGCUGCAUGCAGCCAGUGCUUGAGAGUGGAGUACAGCAGAACCUCCUGAACCCAAUUCAUAAUGAGCACAUUGUUGCAACUACUCAGACUAUCAGACAAUGCAGUGCUACUGGAAAUACAUAUACUGCAGUCUAAUAUGAAACCUCCCCUUUUCCCCCAACACACCCUUUGGGUUUAAUA